AUUAGUCGUAUUCUACUAGUGCAUCACUUCUUUCUUCUACCAACUUAACUAUGAGGAAGGAUGAAAACAAGAUUCAGAGCUAGGCAUAAAAGAGGAUACAAUUUUAAAAAAUGAAGUUGCUCAGACAAGUAUUGUGAUGCUUGCAAGCCUGUCAAAUGUCAAUUAUGUCAUUCUGUAUAAGAUUUACUUAUCUGAUGUGUAGAUAACGUAUGUGGUGUAUAAAGGCUGAAUCAUUUUGCAGGCCUUUGGUUCUUCAAAUUAACCUGCAAGCAAUCAAUCUCUAAAACCUUAUGUGAUGUUGGUGACACCUUGCUGAAAAGGCAAGGGGCCAAGCACAACAAUCAUCUCAAAAACCGUGGAGACCUUUUGGAUUUUUAUAAGAUCCAUACAUCAAUUCAGGAAUGCAAAACAUGGAUUGGAGUUCUAUUAGGUGUUAUGGUUUCGAUAGGGUUUAAUUGCUGUACUUGUAAGCCGUCCAUUGGCCUUGAAACACCUAACAAAUGCUCAUUGAACGAGCAAAAAGCAAUUAGAAAGGCACUGUCAUCAAGAGAAAUUAAGAAUGAUUCUGGUUUUAAUCUCUUGGAGGUGCUCAAUUUCAGUCAGCUGGGAGAAUGAGAGGAUGUUGAUCAGUCUAUUAUACCUUGAGUAGGUCACUUUCUGUUGAGUUGUCAUCGACUAAGCUGUACCACAGACUCUAGGAACAUCUCAACCCAUAGUGACUCUAACUCCUUGAAGCAGGGAAUUCAAGAUGAAAACAGAGAGAGUCAACCAUGACAACCAGUAGCUAACCAUGGAGAUCAAUGGUAUAGUAUUGGAGACCCAGUGGCGGCAAACGUGGUUUGCUCAAUAUGUUUUUUGUCUUGCAAUGGUGAUGAAGAGAUUUGAACCCACUUUCCAACAUAGGUCGCAUCUCUCCUGAUAAUUCAGCCAACACCAGCAGUGUCAUUUUUGCUAGCAGCCCAGGGAUGACAUGGCAAGUCUCCGAAGUGAAGAAAUUUCAUCCAAGAUCAAUCAAUGCAAAGUGGAAGAUGCAUAAAUCUUUAAGGCAAUCAAGUGCCAUAUUCUGUCAAAUUAGUCGCUAACCAACAGACAUGAAAUGUGGAGGGCCAAGUUAAACUUGCUAAUGCUGUCUUGAAUUUUGAUUGCAAUAAUGGAUGCAAUUUGCUAUUGAGUACAAAAGAGCGUUGUGAGAUAGGGUGUAUUGGGAAGCUUCUAUCGAAGCUAUGGACGAGAUUUUAGCAAUUGUAUCCAUUUCUUUACGUAGUAGAAUUUCUACUUGGCUCUUCCAGCAAAAUUUUGUGGUUGUUCUUUUAUCGUUCUUUCAUCAUAUUGUAGAAAAAUAGUUAGAGAACGUGAAAAUUGCACCAAAUUGGAAUUAAUGCAUUUACUUCAC